AUGGCACCAAAUCAUCGAUUGUUUGCUGUUAGCUGUAUAACUCUUCUUCUGAUUUUGAUCAUUUCGAAAUGUCAUGCAUCAUAUCCACUGUUUGGUGAAAUACCAGUUCCUCAACGUCCUGCAAAGUUUGCGACGAAGAAUGAUGUAGAUCGUUAUGUUAAUCGAAUGAAACAAUAUUAUGAAACAAUGAAGCAUUUAAGAUAUUGGCGUCGAGCUAUCGAUCAAUCGGAUGAAGAAUACGAUGACUCGUUAGAAGGUAUCUUUUUGGAAUAUGAACAAAAGUGA